AUGGCCUGCAAGUCUCUUUCGGAUAUUUCUGUUGGGCAAGUAGCGAAGAAUAUUCAACAUCGCGACUACGAUAGCUGUUUCAAUCCGGAGAUCAGCAACCAAAUUUUCACCAAACUUGUUGCGUUGGAUAUUGAAUUGGAUCCUAACUACUGUUUGCAAAUUUCUCGCAAGCUAAAUAUCACAAAGGCAGUUUGUAAAAACGUAACAACAGAACAUAUAAAGCUGCUUUCAAACAAUUGCAUUUUAUCGCUUACUAUCGGAAAUAUUGACAAAGUCAAACAAGUUUAUCAGGACGACAAAGAAAAUCCUAUUAUUAACAUUGCACGCUUAUUGGAAGAUGUGCUAGGAGAGGAAUCUCGUCAGAAUCUUCAAUAUUUGGAUAUUCAAGGCAACGAGUUAUUCUCUUACAAUUGGCCAAAAGCGUUAGGACAUAUGCUUCCAUCUCUUCAAACCCUCAUCGUCUGUCAACGAAGUUUUAUCAAUGAUGAGUUUUCUCAGUUGUGCAAUAGUUUCCCAAACCUACAUAAACUGGACAUUAGCGACACAAAUAUUGGAAAUCUUUCGGGAAUUUCUAAUCUAAAAAAUCUGCAAAAACUGUGCAUGAUGAACUUGGAAUUUGAGAGUUAUGAUGAUAUUAAAGAACUUUUUGAAGUGAAAAGUCUACGAGUUUUGAAUAUUUCCAGGGAUAGAAAAGAUUUCAAACCAAGCCUCAUUAUGCAAUAUAUUCAAUUGAAAGAAGUUUUACCAGAGUUACGGUUUCUUGAUUGCUCUGGAACAAAUGUUGACAAAGAAUCGAUUUCCACUAUUCAAAAUUCGCACCCUAACCUGAAAAAAGUCGCAGCUCUGUGUGAACCUGGCAAAAACUUCAUAGUCCCUGAAAUUAAAAUUUUAAAUUCGAUCGACUUAGGUUCCACAUUGAAAUGUUUGGAACACUACACAACUUUGAAACAUGACGUUUUCAUGUCUCAGUGUCUCCAUGCUCUGUUCAAUUUCAUCAAAUCCAGUUAUCAUAUAGAUAAUGAAUGGAUUCAAUAUGUUUAUAGAGCAAUCAAUACAUGCUCUUCAGAUAAUGUUCAAAUUCAAGGAGGAGCAUGUUUAAGUCUGAUUGUAAAGAAAUCUAUCAAAACUAUGAGGCCGUACGAAGUUGCACUUUCACGGGUGGUUUGUAAAGGAUCAGUUGCCAAGACUUUCUACAACGCAUCCAAACCCAAUUCAUGGGAUCUCACGGUCCUCGAGAGAAAAGUCGUUAGUCUCGAAGUGUUGAAACCAAUUGCGUAUGGUAUUAUAGUGAGAGAUAUGUGCAUGAUAAACAUUCUUAAUUGCAAGGAGACUCUUCGAAUCCUUCAUCGUGGUAUGAGAGAGGAAGAAGUAAAGCAAACCAUGUCGGAUGUGGAUGGCACAAGGGACAUACAUCGUCGGCUAACUGAACUCAGGCCAGAGGGAAGGAAAUGGGGUGUUUUUUUUAAUUGA